UUUUUUUUUUUUUUAUCUGGCAUGGCAGGGUAUAUACUUGUUCGACCGUGUGUCGGGGGGCCAAUUUCUUUGGAAGAACAUUUCAAUGACUCCCCUGCCCACCUCUGCCGGUUUUCUUCUCUACCUUCAGCUCCAGUGUCUUCACCCCAGCUUGCACCAUGUCUGAACCCGGCUACCAUGCAGAAAACCACCCAAGGCACGUCGAUCGCAAAGCCCUGUACACCGAUCUAGAGGCGCGGAUCGAUUAUUUGCAGAGAUUCCUCGAUUUUAAUGCCGAUGAUGUCGCAACUCUCGUCCGGGGCGCGAAAUAUGUCAAGGCCCUAGCUCCUACCGUGGUGGAUAAGGUGUAUGUGAAACUUCUAGAGUUUGACAUCACGGCGCGUGUCUUCCGCACUCGGAACACUGCGAUAGAAGAAGAACCAGACGACUAUCCUACCCUCAAUAGCCCGGCAGUUCAGCGUCGCCGUCAAUUUCUUCGCUGGUAUAUGACGAAAUUAUGUUCCGAUCCAACCAAGCCUGAAUUCUGGAGAUACUUGAACCAAGUCGGACGCAUGCACUAUGGGAAGGAACGGCUGCACUCGUUAAAUGUCGAGUACAUACAUAUCGGCGCCUGCCUUGGCUUCAUUCAAGACAUCGUCAUGGAGGCAGUUCUGACAUACGAAAAGCUCACGCUGCCGUUCCGGAUAGCGCUAGUCAGAGCUCUAGGCAAGGUGAUAUGGAUUCAGAACGAUCUCUUUGCGCGAUGGCGUCUUCAUGACGGCGAAGAGUUCGAAGAAGAGAUUGAGUCUUCGCACAAGCAACAAGAAGCCGCUCCCCAAGUCACACCUAAGCCCAGCUCGACAUACUUGCGGGCCGACGGAUCGUCUUGCGUCAAGACUUCGACUGCCAGCUCGACAUCCUCUUCCGAAUUUGCCAGUCUCUUUUCGGAAACGUCCUCUCUCGAGACCACUCCAUCCCCACCAACAAUUUCAGCCCCCACGCAAUAUGCGCAACGGUCGGCGUGUCCGUUUUCUAACGGCCCCAAGCAAGGCGUCGAGACCAAGGUCUGGUCUAGUGCGUGGAAUCCCGGAUCCGUCGGAUCUGGAGGCACUCGACGCUAGCCCCAGGGCGACAUUUCUUUGCUAAUAUGAUACGUGUAACGAUAAUAUCUGUUGAUCGGACGAGAUAGACUGGGCGUGUGUUUCAUUCUGUUUGUUAUACCCACAAGGAUCUGGCUUGCGGACAGUUAAUC